AUGACAUCGACCAACCCAUCAUCAGGCCGACCUUUAACAGGCAAUGCUCAAUUGACACUGUCCGACUUCCCGAACGAAGUCUUGAUUCAAAUAUUCUCUCUCCUGGAAUCGGAAACCGAUGCCUUCAUCGACACUACCCCUCCCAGCCGUUCCGCGAAGUUCAUGCUCGCCAUGGUUUGUCGGCAAUGGAAGGACCUUAUCUGGAAUACCCCUCAACUCUGGUCGACCCUCAGUAUCAACGCUACGCGUAGCAACCAUCGAAUGCGGUCGCUCGACCAGGUGAGACCGAUGCUUUCGCAUCACUUGGCCUGCGGACAAGCGUCCCCCCUGGACGUGGCCUUCUCAGAGCUCGAGAUGGAGGCAGACAGAGAAGCACUCGGCGCCAUAGCCUGCCCUAUCCUUGGACCAUCAUUCGCUCGCUGGACGAGUGUCCACCUGCAUUCCAUGGACUUUGGCUGGUUGCUCAAAUCGUCCCUCCUCCCUGGCGACCUCCCUGCGCUUAGAACUCUCGCCAUUACGGAUAACGGAUUGUCCAUUUCGCACACGUUUGAGGAACACACGGAGAGGGUCAAGAACUGGCAGGUCCCUAACCUCAACCGGUUGAUCUUGAAUGGUCUCCUCUCCAUCAAGAUAAACCUCCCACCGUGGACUCCAUUCCUCUCGCAGCUCUCGCACUUACACGUCACUGGACCGAUCGUCGUACCUCUCCUCAUGGAAUAUCUCAGCAACACUCCACAGCUAGAAUGCCUUAUCGUCGAGGAAGUAUCUGGGAAGCGUUGGGGAGUAUCAUGGGCCGAUGAAGAAGGGAUCGGAGACAUGGAUUCGAUCUGGCCUCGAGUACACCUCGAGAAGCUCACACGUAUCCGGAUCGGCAGCGAGUUCCUGCUUCCACAGUACAACGGAGGAAGCGGGCCCAUCCAAUGCCCAUCCUUGGUCGACCUCGAAGCCGAUCUGACCAUCAACCUCUGGAACCACCGAUCUAACCAAAUCUUCGUGGCCCUCACAACUUCUUCACUGAUUGGGAAGUGGAUUCAGAACUCCGGAUGUAACCCACAGCGACUCCAGCGCCUCGUCGUCGCCAACCUUAUUCCCCAUAAAGAAAACACCGAUUCCCUGGUCGACGUCCUCAGCACUCUUACGACCCUUCAGACUUUGGAACUCACGCUCGGCUUUCCAUCGCCAAAUGAGACGGCGUUGGGUAUUGGUUUGGUUUCUCUCCUCCGAGCGAUGUCACGGAAUAGCGACAAAGCCGGAGGGUUGCACGGUGGGACGGGUAGCGACGAGAGCGGAGUACAGGUCGAUGCAGCUACGCCAUGCCUCCUACCCAACCUCACCACAUUCAAGAUCGGCACUGCGGCCAAAUUUGCGUCUUCGAGUGCCAGUCUGGAACCCUACAUCCCAGAUCUUAUCAGCAUGUGCAAAUCGAGGUUACCGACGGACGAACCUCCUCGUACCCCUGGGCCAGACGCGGUUGGAGGAGCGGAGGUAUUUCUCUCCUCGGUCUGUAUUCAGGACCAGAGGGCGGCAUCAGAGGAGAAUCUAGCGUUUCUGGAGGGCCUGCGACGUCUUUCCCGACUGAAAGGACACUCGGAAUUUCGGAUUUGGAUCGAAGGGAAACCUCCCUGUGCGGUCGAUGACGAUUUGGGGUGCGAUGAUUUCCCGAGCUGGUUCAGACCCUUCACUAUGAGCGGUAUUAAUUCCUGA